AUGCGGGUGGAAUUCAUCAACGAGAAUACUUUCAAAGAACGCCUCCAGUGGCUCUUCUUCAAAAACAAAAAAUCUAGUCUCAGGAUGGGAGUGUUUUAUUUUUCCCUCAAGGUGUUGAGCUGCAUUUUGUACAUAUUUCGAGUGCUGUAUGAGAAAGACCAAGAGCAUCAAACAUCUUCCCCAAUUAUUUGUGUUGAACGAAAUGACGUGCUUUGGGCUUUACAGGUGUCCAUUGCAGCGAUAUGUCUGUCUGCUAAACUCCUGCUGACGUAUUUAAGGUACAAGGGAAACAUAUGGCAGCAAGUAAUUGGAAUAACAUUUAUCUUGGAGAUUAUCAACACAGUGCCAUUUCUGAUUACAAUUUUCUAUCCUCCUCUCCGGAACCUGUUCAUCCCUGUGUUUCUGAACUGCUGGCUGGCAAAACAUUCCCUGGAAAACCUGGUUAAUAACCUUCAUCGUGCCAUUCACCGGUCACUGUCAGCCAUGUUCAAUCAGAUGCUCAUCCUCAUCUCGACCAUUGUGUGCCUCAUUUUCACUUUCAUUUGUGGAGUGGAGCACUUGCAGCGUGCUGGAAAAAGGCUCACACUUUUUGACGCUUUCUACUUCUGCAUCGUGACCUUCUCUACAGUAGGGUUUGGAGAUGUCGUCCCUGAUAUCUGGACCUCCAAGUUGCUGGUGGUUGUCAUGAUAUUUGUCACUUUAAUGGUCCUCCCUAUCCAGUUCGAGGAGCUGGUAUACUUGUGGAUGGAACGGCAGAAGUAUGGAGGAGAUUACAGCAGGCACAGGGCGGAAACCGAAAGACACGUGGUGCUGUGCGUUAGUUCACUCAAAAGCGACGUGCUGAUGGAUUUCCUAAAUGAGUUCUAUGCCCACACCAAGCUUCAGGACCACUAUGUCAUCAUCCUUUGCCCAACAGAGAUCGAUGUGCGAGUGAGACAGGUACUGCAGAUUCCGAUGUGGUCACAUAGGGUCAUAUAUCUACAGGGUUCUGCCCUCAAUGACCAAGAUUUGGUCAGAAUCAAAAUGGAUCAUGCUGAAGCUUGUUUCAUUCUGACCAGUCGCUGUGAUGUUGACCGCAAUGCAGCAGAUCACCAGACCAUUCUACGGGCCUGGGCUGUGAAGCAGUUUGCUCCAGACUGUCCUCUUUUUGUUCAAAUUCUCAAACCAGAAAACAAAUUUCAUGUGAAAUUUGCAGAUCAUGUUGUUUGUGAGGAAGAGUAUAGAUAUGCCAUGCUGGCGCUGAACUGCAUCUGUCCUGCUACAUCCACCCUCAUCACCUUGCUAGUGCACACCACUCAAGGCUUUGAGGGUCAGCACUCUCCUGAGGAUUGGCAUAGAAUUUAUGGAAAGUGCUCAUGCAAUGAGGUGUACAACAUUGUUUUGAAAGACAGCAUCAUCUUUUCCAAGUAUGAUGGAAAGAGCUUCCCUUAUGCCUCUUUCAACGCAUUUAAAAAGUUUGGCAUCUGUCUUAUUGGAGUCCGUCCUGAGGACACUGAGAGUAUUCUGCUGAACCCCGGUCCUCAGCACAUCAUGAAACCCUUAGACAUGUGCUUCUACAUCAGUGGCAAGGAGGAGAACUCAAGCUUCAAGACCCAGAGAGAGCCCAAAAAAAGUCAAUUCCCUAUGAGCAGUGUCAUUACCGAUCCUUUAACAAAAACAACCACUGCUCCUGCUCUAGACAUACCAAAUUCAUCUUCCUUUCACACUGUCAACCUGCCCAGCGAGAGGUCAAAAGAUGAAUGUAUUGAAACACUGAAUAAUUUAUAUCAGGGAUAUCCUCCAAAUUUACCCUACAUUGGAAGCUCACAGACACUUUGCCAUUUACGGAAAGAGAAAAUUCCUAUAUGUUGUAUGCAGCUGGUAAAGACUUGUGACCACAAAGAUGAUGAAGAUGUGAAAGCGUAUGGUUUGAAGAAUAAGCUCAUCAUUGUGUCUGCUGAGACAGCAGGAAAAAGCUUGUCCAACUUCAUCAUCCCAUUACGAGCCUCCUACAGACCAGAGAAUGAGCUCUGCCCGAUUGUGCUGCUCUUGGAACAAGAGCCAUGUCAAGAAUUUCUUGAAACCAUCUGUUGGUUCCCAAUGAUCUAUUACAUGGUUGGAUCAAUUGACAACCUGGACGACCUGUUGCGUUGUGGUGUCUCUUUUGCUGCUAAUAUGGUGGUGGUGGACAAGGAGAGCACCAUGAGCGCUAAGGAAGACUAUAUGGCUGAUGCCAAAACCAUUGUUAAUGUCCAGACCCUAUUCAGGUUGUUCUCUGGCCUCAACAUCAUCACUGAGCUAACCCAUUCUGCUAACAUGAGAUUUAUGCAGUUCAGUGUAAAGGACUGUUACACACUGGCAUUCUCCAAACUGGAAAAUAAAGAGAGAGAGAAAGGCUCAAACUUAUCCUUCAUUUUUCGCCUGCCUUUUGCAGCUGGUAGGGUGUUCAGCGUUGGCAUGCUGGAUACACUCCUCUAUCAGUCUUUCGUCAAGGAUUACAUGAUUACCAUCACCAGGUUACUACUUGGACUGGAAACUACACCGAGGUCUGGUUUCUUAUGUGCUAUUAGUAUCACAGAGGAUGAUCUGUGCAUCGAGACAUAUGGCAGACUUUACCAAAUGCUCUGUUCAACUGUAGGAGACAUUCCCAUCGGCAUCUACAGGACAGAGUCUCAGGGAGCUGAACCUCCUGAGAUAAUUUGCCUGUCUUUGAGGAGGAGCAGCAGAAUCUGCAUGAGAAAGAGCAUGAAUUGGGCUUCGAAUCUUCUGGGCCCAUGGAAUUCUGAGAGGGAUUUGGAGAGAUGCAGUCAGCGUAGUGUUCUGCCCUCAUGCCCAGAGAGACAAGAGCUCACAGAGUUGGUGAAGAAGCGCAUGUCAAACCUGGGCCUCUCCACUGAUGGAUUCGAUGUUCUGAAUGAUAACCAAACUAGUCACUCUUAUGUCCUAAUCAACCCAUCAUCUGAGACAAGACUGGAGCUAAAUGACAUUGUGUACAUAAUCCGUAAAGAUCCGCUCUCAUCGAUGCUGAAAGAUAGUGACAGCAUAAAGAGCAUGAGGAGCUGCACACGCAUUGGAGAGGAAUGUAAAGCUGGAAGAUCUGCUCUGAACGGAGAUCAGACUCACACCAGUAAUUUAUCUUACUCCGUCAUAUGA